AUGGAAGAGCCGACGGAGAAUAAAAUGCCACCAAACCUUCGAAGAGACGUGGAACGAUUCUCCCUCUUCCUCACACGGCUCAGAAAUGCACUGGAUGUCAAUCAGAAUUAUCCAGAUGGCGAAAACUCGUACAUCCGGGUGCACUCCGCGUUGGAGAUGGUGUCUGAGAGUAUUCGGGAUUUGUUCAAACAUCAACAAUUCAAGACCAACGCCGUCAUUCUGCCCUCGUUGCAGUUGGUGCAGUCGGUGAAGGAACUGAAACUCGACCACUCAAACGCGGACAUCGACUGCGCGCGGGUUCUGGCUGUCGUCGACCAGUUGGAGACGGCCGUUUUGAGCACACUAUUG